AUGAUCAAUCCUUCAAGAAUAGUUGGUUCGGAAAGUUGGGAGUGGGCCGAAGGAAAAGAGAUCGCCAACAAAGGGCACCCUAGAGCACCUGGCAAACGGGUCUUGUCGAGUGCAGCGUCAUUAUUGACGAAGUGGCUUUAUGGAACGGCUACAACAGCUGGCUGCUUCAAGGAUCCAGCAGGACAUGCACUGGUCUUUGGGAAGGGACGUUUGGCUCAUAGGAAGUUCCUGUGGGUAGGUCUCAAGGUCGGAACAAAUGUUGCAAUGACGAUGAGAGGUCUAGAAACAGUUUUGCGAAUACUUGGUGUCAAAGUUUAUGUCCAAGUCAUGAUAGGGCCGUAA